AAAACACUCAACUGGUAUAAUAAAAGCUGGCAUAAACUCAAUUACUAUAAUAACAAUCUCUAUAGUUAUGCCAAUGACAGAUCAAACAUUAAGAGGUAGACAAAUUGUUAGUCUUGAGCGUAUGCUCCAUUUAAAUAAAGAUGGAUCAGCUGAUUUAACUCUAGCUUCUAAAAAUGAAGAAAUUAUUUGGAAAGUUUUAAUCUUAGAUUCUAAAUCAAGAGCCGUAUUAUCAUCAGUAUUAAGAGUUAAUGACCUUUUAAGAUGUGGAAUUACGGUUCAUUCAUUAAUUGGUUCUAAACGUACUGCUUUACUGGAUGUUCCAGCCAUUUAUUUCAUAGAACCAACCAUUGAUAAUAUAGUACAAGUUAUUGAAGAUCUUGAUCAAGAUAAAUAUGAAAGUUUUUAUAUUAAUUUUACAUCAUCAAUUAAUCGAGAAUUAUUAGAAGAUUUUGCUAAAAAGGUAUCACUUUCUGGUAAAUCAUCUAAAAUAAAGCAAGUAUUUGAUCAAUAUUUAGAUUUUAUUGUUACUGAACCAAAUUUAUUUUCAUUAGAUAUACCUAAUACUUUUACUCAAUUUAAUAGAGUCGAUACUAAUGAAGAUACUAUUCAACAUAUAUCUCAUCAAAUAGCAGAUGGAUUAUUAUCAGCUAUUAUAACUUUAAAUAAUGUUCCAGUAAUUAGAGCUCAACAAGGUGGACCUGCUGAAUUUGUAGCUAGACAAUUAGAUUCAAAAUUAAGAGAUUAUAUAAGUAAUUCUCGGAAUUUAAAUACUCAAUCAAUUCAACAAAGACCAGUAUUAAUUCUUUUGGAUCGUAAUAUUGAUUUAGCAUCAAUGUUUGCUCAUUCUUGGAUUUAUCAAUGUAUGGUAAGUGAUGUAUUUAAACUUCAAAGAAAUACUAUUAAAAUUCAUAAAUAUAAUGGUCAAGAACAAACAUCUAAAAAUUAUGAUGUUGAUCCAAAGGAUUUCUUUUGGAAUAAAUAUGGUCAAUUACCUUUCCCAGAUGUAGUUGAAAGUGCUGAUAUUGAAUUAAAUACUUAUAAAAAUGAUGCUAAAGAAAUUACAAAUAAAACAGGUAUAACAUCACUUAGUGAUAUUGAUCCAAAUGCUGCUAAUGAUACUGCCAAUAUUCAACAAGCUGUUGAAAAAUUACCAGAAUUAACUGCUAGAAAAGCUACAUUAGAUAUGCAUAUGGAUAUAUUGGCAGCUUUAAUUAAUGAAUUACAAGCAAAGAAUUUAGAUAAAUUCUUUGAAAUUGAACAAAAUUCUUAUGAUCCAAAAAUUCAAAAGGAAUUUCUUGAAUUACUUGUAACUCAAGCUGAAAGAGAUAAUUCUCUUGAUAAAUUAAGAACUCUCUUAAUUUUAACUUUAUUAGUUGAUUUACCUCAAGAUUUUUCAGUAAAGGCUAAACAAAUAUUCAGUGAAAAAUAUCCAGAAGUUGAUCUUAAUUCUUUAAAUUAUAUUUUAAAAUUUAAAGAAAUUACUAAAUUAAGUAAUAUAUCUUCAUUAAAUGAUACUUCAAUUAAUUCUAAUUAUAAUAAUUCAAGAAAUACUAAUUCAACUGCUUUAUUAAGUGGUUUAUCAUCAAAAUUAUAUGGAUUAACUGAAGGUAAAAUUUCUGAAGGAUUAAGUUCAAUUGCUAGUAAAAUUAAAAAUUUUAUACCGGAGAAAAAGCAAUUACCAAUAACUAAUGUUGUUGAAGCUAUUAUGGAUCCUAAUAAUGCUUCAACUACUUCUGUACAAUUAACUGAUGAUUAUUUAUAUUUUGAUCCUAAAUCAAGAGGUGGACAUUCAAAACCUCCAAGAAGACAAUCUUAUCAAGAAUCUUUAGUAUUUGUUGUAGGAGGUGGGAAUUAUUUGGAAUAUCAAAACUUACAAGAAUGGGCAGGUAAUGAAGCUAAUAAAAAAGUCAUUUAUGGAAGUACUGAUAUAAUUGCUGCAACUGAUUUCUUACAAGAAUGUAAUGAAUUAGGUAAACGUUUUACAUAAUCAAUCAAUAUACAUACAUACAUACAUAUAUAUAUAUA